GUCCAGGACAGGCGAGGCAGGGGCGGCUGAGUCUGGAGCCGACGCCGCCGGCUUCGGAGCUUUUCUGUCAGGGUUGCCCGGCGUGCGAAGGCGGCGGAGGCGGGAAGGCGGCAGUGGUUGAAGGAGCGGUUGGGGUUCUAACCGGGAGGAGGUCGGAGGGUGUGGGCAACGAUGGUGAUGGCGGCCAAAAAGGGUCCAGGCCCUGGUGGCGGGGGAAAGGCGGAGGCGGAGGCGGCCUCGGAGGUGUGGUGCCGCCGGGUACGGGAGCUGGGCGGCUGCAGCCAGGCCGGGAACCGCCACUGUUUCGAGUGCGCCCAGCGCGGGGUCACCUACGUGGAUAUCACCGUGGGCAGCUUCGUCUGCACCACCUGCUCCGGCCUCCUGAGAGGGCUGAACCCCCCUCAUCGUGUCAAGUCCAUCUCCAUGACAACUUUCACGGAGCCUGAGGUCCUGUUUCUGCAGUCCCGUGGAAAUGAGGUCUGCAGGAAGAUCUGGCUGGGUCUUUUUGAUGCUCGAACGUCUUUAAUACCAGAUUCCAGGGAUCCCCAGAAGGUGAAGGAGUUUCUCCAGGAAAAAUACGAAAAGAAAAGAUGGUAUGUCCCUCCGGACCAAGUCAAGGGGCCUGCUUAUACCAAAGGCAGCUCCUCCACCUCUGUCCAGGGCUCCAUGCCAGAGGGGAAGCCCCAGCGGACACUUCUGGGGGACCCUGUCACAGAAACUGCUGCUGCCUCUAGCCAGUCUGUCAGCCAGUCUCAGGCUCGGACAGCCCAGACCCGGAGUUCCCAGCCUCCUCCACACUCCUCCACCAAGAAAGCCAGCACCGACCUGUUGGCUGACAUCGGGGGAGACCCCUUUGCUGCUCCCCAGGUGACACCGUCUUUUGCUGCGUUCCCGGCCUUUGUGGGCCAGACACCUUCCCAUGGGGGCUUCGCCAACUUUGAUGCCUUCCGCAGCAGUCCCAGCCCUUCUGCCUUCGGGAGCCUCCCUCCUGCAGCCCAAGCCCCCUUUCAGGCCCAGCCAGCACCCGCAGCCAGUCGGAUGCUAACUGGAAGUUACAGCUUUGGAAGCAGCCAGGGGACUCCAUUUGGUGCCGCUCCACUUGCAGCUGCCUCUCAGCCCAGCAGCCUCACAGAUGUGGGCAGCCUCUUGGGACCUGGGGUGUCCCCUGGAGGGGUCCCUGGCAGCAUCUUCGGGAUGGCCGGCCAGGUCCCUGCGCUCCAGUCUGCUGUGCCUGGUAGUGGCAGCACAGGACUGACCUUUGGAGCAGGCUUCACCAAUCCUUUCGCCGUCCCUGCAGCCCAGCCCCAGCUGCCUUCCACCAACCCCUUCCAGCCCAAUGGCCUCGCCCCAGGGCCUGGCUUUGGGAUGAGCAGUGCUGCGCCUGGCUUCGCCCAGCCAGUGCCACCCUCUGGGGCCUUUGCCAGUACCUUCCCCUCACCGCUGUUCCCUCCACAGACCUCGCUAACGCCGCAGCAGAACGGCUCUUCCUUUGGGGACUUGGGACCCACCAGGCUGGUGCAGAGGCCACUCAGCCAGCCGGCUGGGAUCUCUACCAACCCCUUCAUGACUGGAUCCUCACCAAGCCCAUUUGCCUCCAAACCUCCAACUACCAACCCGUUCUUGUAGCACUGUGUCCGGGGGGACCUCUUCCCCUUCUCCUCAGGGGGCCCUCUACUCCCUAAAGUUCUAGUACCCUCUUCCUUACCUCGGGCACGUCUGUGGGUCUGAGACUAGAAUGAGCCUGGUUGGCAGGCUGCCGAGGAUGGUGGAGGUGCUAAUGCUUUCUUUGCUGGGGGCUUCCGGAUGAAUCACAGCUUGGGGCAGUGGCCCAGGGGCGUCCUUCCUCCUCAAGCCACCCUUACCAGAAGGCCCAGGAAGGUAGGCCUGGCCCAGAGGACCAGUGUGUUUUUCAACUGUCCAGUUAUGCACACGACCUUCUCUCCUGCCUUUGGGCCCGUCACCUCUGGCCCAUCCAGGGGCAGAGGAAGGUAUGGCUGUCAAUGGCCAGCAGUCCCCAGGAGAAGGACCCUUCCUCCCCUUCCAUUUUUCCAACACUGCUCCUCCUGAACAGAGGCACAGUGGGGAAAGAGGAGGAGUGCUGACUGGGACCUUAGCCGGAGCCCUGGGGCUGAGACCACCUAUGUUCCACCCCGGGCGCCACCUGCUUUUCUCCACCUCCUUGUUCUGCUUCCCCGCAGCCCCCAUCCUGGCACUCAGGAUUGCAUAGUUUUAUCUGCAUUCAUAGACAUGCCUGACUCCUGUCAAGCACUUUAGUUACCUGUCAGUGUCAUGUUUGGAUACCAGUGUUUUAUAUUUAUACAUAGAAUUUUCUAAUAUAGCCUAUUAUAGAAAUAUAUAUAUAUAUAUAUAUAUAUAUAUAUAUGCACAUACAUAGAUAUAUACAUGCCACCCCCAGCCUGUCUCCCUUGCCCUUUAAUGGGAGUGGGAUGAACCCCAUCUGUGCCUGGACCAUCAAAGCCAGAGCCCAGGAGACGGGGGAGGCAGCCACAUGUCCCUGACCACCCCACAACCUGGGCUCUUCCAGGGAAAGGCUUUGUGCAAUUGGCUGGGGAUUUUUUUUCCCCAUGUGCCUCCCCUGCUCCCAAAUCUCUGCACCAAAGCUCGUUUGCAGGCAAUGUUGGAAAAGAACUGCAUUUGAAAGAAAAAGUGGCUCUUGUGGUGGUGUUUUGGGUUGGUCUGGGGGCCGAGAGUCAGCAGGGCUGAGCGUUCCCCGGGUGCCACCCAUCCAGUCGGCCUGGGCUGCCACAAGAGGACCUGCUCACCGAGACAGAGCCGAGUCCCAUCAGAACUGGCAUCUGUGUUAGCAGUGGAGAGGAGCGGGACAGGGACCCUUGCAGGAGUUGGGAUUCAGAAGAUACAGAGAGGGGGCCGAUUCUCACCUGGGAUGGGCAGAGGAGCCAGGUGCCAUGGAGCCAGGCAUGGCACCCGGGGAAACCCUCCCCCCAGACUCUGCCACCAGAGGCUGUUUUAUUAACAGCCUGGUAUCUGGGCUAUUUGUAUGUCAAGACCAGAGCUGGGGAAGUAUGCACUGGCACUGUCGAGCCCAAGACUGGGAGCGAUCCCUCCCCUCCCAUCAUGGCUCAGGAACUCAGGGCCUUCGGCUGCUCAUUGUGAUUUCUCUGGGUCUUCCACAGAAUGGCAGAGAAACAGAGACUGGGUCUACCUGCUGAUGUGCAUUGUAUGAUUUGCUGGAAAGACCUUGUCUGGCUUCUCACUUGCCUAGCUCCCCUAGGUUGUCUAUGUUCUCUGUCCUCUUCUGCCAGAAUUUUUGUCUGCCAUCCUUGGUUAUCACUGUUGUUUUUUCAGUUUUUUGGUUUUGAGACAGGGCUGUAGCCCGCCUGGCCUUGACCUUGGUGAUCCUCCUGUCUCAGCCUCCCAAGUCGUGGGAUCACAGGCUUGUGCCCCUAUGCCCAAAUGUCCUCGCCACUUCUGUUUCCCAUUCUUUCUGCUCAGAGCCAGGCAUCGAAGGAAGCCAAAUGUGGGGCUUAUUUUUCCUCGGCCCUCUUCCCAUUCUCCUAACUCCUUGCCUAUGGUUUAAAGGACCAAGAGCUAAAAGGCCUCUGGUCACGUGUUCGAUCACAUUCAUGUGUCUCCCUGUGGUCCUUUGCUGGCUGCUGGCUGUGGGGGCUCAAUGUGCCUCCCCUUCAGUCCUGUCUGCUGUGGACUCUGACCAGUGCUGGA